UAAGAAAAUAAAACUUUAAAAUAAAAAUACACUUUCUUAAACGCUGAAAGAGGAUUACGAAUAGCUUGUGAAUAUUUUACUUAUAAAAUGGCUUUUCAAUUCAUUGUGGAUGUUUUAAGCUAUUUUUCGCAAUUUUCAAUUAUGUCGUUUAUUUUAGUAAUCACUGUUUGUGUACUGCUACACCACAUUUUCUUCUCAAAACGUUAUUACCCGCCGUUACCACCUACCCCGAAAUUUAAGCUUCCGCUCAUUGGACAUUUACAUCUGUUGGAGCGUGACAUGAGGAAACCUUUCAAGAAAUACAGAAAAUCAUUUGGAGACGUAUACUCGUUAUAUUUUGGCGGGAAGUUAGUAAUUGUUUUAUCAGGAUAUGAAACAUUGAAAGAGGCAUUUCUAAAAAAUGGAGAGGUUCUUUGCAGGCAGACCAAGCCUGUACAUUACAGAAAAAUAGUAUGUACAAUUUGUUUUAUAAUUGUAGGGCUGGUUCUUGCAACCGGUGCUCAGUGGAGAGAACAUCGUCGAUUUGCGUUGAGUACUUUAAAAGAUUUUGGAAUGGGAAAAAGCAAACUUGAGGGGAAAAUUCAAGAAGAAGCUAUGUCACUUUUGUCUCAAAUAGAAAAUUUCAAGGGAGAUCCUUUCGAUCCGAAAGACAUUAUCAGUACCAAUGUUGGGAAUAUAAUAUGUUCCAUGUUGUUUAAAGGCCAGUUUAGCCACGACGACCAACGAUUUUUAGGAAUGAUUAAAUUGAUGGAAGAGAAUAUCACAUCUGCCGCUGGACUUGCCAACCUCAUGCCAUGGUUAGCUGAAUUUCCAGGCGAUCCUCUAAACUGCAAGAAAAUGAUCAGCAACGCAGACAAGGUGUACGAGUUUAUUGAAGACAUAAUUGACGAACAUGUGAAUGAAUUUGAUGAAAAUGAUAUAGAUGAUUUGACUAGCGCUUACAUUAAGGAACUAAGGUUUAAAGAAAGUACUGGAGAGGAGACGACAAUGUCCUUGAAACAGUUAUCUGGUGUGAUUGCGGAUUUAUUCAUAGCUGGCUCUCACACAACUACGGCCACAUUGAGAUGGGCAAUCAUUUGUCUCGUGCAGUAUCCUGAUAUACAAGAGAGAAUUUACAAACUCCUUUGUUCAAGCAUCGGAACCCAGAGACUUCCCUCAUCAACAGACAAAACUUCGCUUGCAUAUCUUGAAGCUUUUUAUUUGGAAGUUUUAAGGUUCUGCUGUAUAUCAACAUCAAGCGGAGUUCAUUCAACUACAAGAGACUUUACCUUCAAAGGAUAUACUAUUCCAAAAGAAGCGGUAAUUAUAGCAGAUUUUGAUUCAGCCCUGAGUGACCCAGCUACAUGGCAGGAUCCGGAAGUCUUCAGACCGGAAAGGUUCCUUGAUGACAAUGGUAAUGUCAGAAAGAGGGAAGAAAAUAUAACGUUUUUUCUUGGAAAGAGAAGUUGUAUUGGAGAGUCUUUGGCACGUGCAGAAUUACUUAUAUUUCUUGGAGCUCUAGUUCAGAAGUUCCGAUUAGAAAGUCCAGAAAACGAAACAGUGUCGGUCGAACAUCUUGACGGUGUUUUCGCACUAGUACAUAUUCCUAAGCCAUAUAAGAUAAUUGCGAUUCCACGCUAAAAAUGCCAUGUGAACUAAAAAUCAUACCUCUUUUAUCCAAAAGACGGUAUUGAAACUGGAGUGUUAUAAAAUGAUUCUGUUUUUAUGAAUAUUUUACUUUAUUAUGUAUUUUAAUAAUUAUAUAAAUAUAACUUUUUGAAUACAUUUUAUUUGUAAAUUAUAGAGCAUAAUAUCUAAGGUAACGCCACUUGUAAAUAGAAAAGAAUAUGUGAUAAUGCCGAGAAUACUUUUUAAGGUAAAGACUAAAACAGUGUUAAUGAAAUAAUUAACUAUUUGUUAGAUAAAAGUUAUAUAAGCAGCAUUAAAAUAAAAUAAUACACAUUUUGACUUAAUCAUGUAUGUUUUCUGUCAUGUCAAAAUCAAUAUUUUUUUGUAAUAAACAUUUAUAUCUUUUAAA